UGUCCCUUUGUUCGUUCAUAGGAAGGUUUCUUGCUCUGCUUUCUUGCUGAGUACAAUACAAACGAGGAGAGCUCGCAAAUGUCGCAGCUUCACCUUCACCGCCUCUCCCUCCCACAAUCUUCCACUCGUUUCACAACACCGCCUUCACCUCCCUCCCAUCUCCGCCGCGCACCUCCGUCGCCGAUUCCACUUACCAACAACAUCAAAAGCUUCACACUUUCCUCAACCUCCGAGCUCAAUUCAUCAAAAGCCUCAACCUUUCGCCCACCCACCUUCUCAAAAUCUCGUAUCGCUUGCAGGUUCAGCCAAUCCGACAUAACGCCACAGUUUGAGCUUAGUAAAGGAGGAGAUAAACAGAAGCCACAAAAGAGAGCCAAUGGCAUAUUCUGGAUCAUACUCAUCAAUCUUGGGAUAUAUGUAGCAGAUCACUUCUUUCAGGUUCGCAGCAUCAAGUCUCUCUAUCUCUAUCACAAUUUUCCAGCCUGGUACCAGUUUGUCACUGCAACGUUCUGUCAUGCUAGCUGGAACCAUCUCUCCAGCAACCUUUUCUUCCUCUACAUCUUUGGAAAGCUUGUUGAAGAAGAGGAAGGGAGCUUUGGUUUGUGGCUGUGUUACUUGUUCACUGGUGUUGGAGCUAACCUGGUUUCUUGGUUAGUUUUGCCGAGAAAUGCUGUUUCCGUUGGAGCCUCUGGAGCUGUUUUUGGGUUGUUUGCUAUUAGCGUCCUCGUCAAGAUGUCUUGGGAUUGGAGGAAGAUCCUUGAAGUUCUUAUAUUGGGUCAGUUCGUUAUUGAGAGGGUAAUGGAAGCAGCUCAGGCUUCAGCUGGAGUAUCAGGAACUAUAUAUGGUGGCUAUUCUUUGCAGACUGUUAAUCACAUUGCGCAUCUCUCUGGUGCUCUUGUCGGUGUUGUGUUGGUUUGGCUACUCAGCAAAUUUCCCUCGGAAACUGUGGAUCAAGAGGUUCAAAAGUCCUCCAAAAAGUGAUGAAAUAUAAUCAGUGUAACAUUACUAUCUCAGGUACAUAGUAGCUGUCAGAUGAAGUUAUAAGACUGAUGAAGUUACUUGUAUAAACUGAAAGACAGGCUCUAGUACAAGUUUAUGUUUAUACCAAUUCUUUUGCAGCAGAA